GGCAAAGUAUGUGCCGUACUCUGUGAUAUAUUUGUUGGUAGAUUGAUUUGUUGUUUGUGAACGAUACUUUAAGCGCAGGAAUUGUGCUAUUAACCGCUAUUAACAGUUAGUACAUAAAUAUCAGAUUUCAGUUCAUAAUGUUUUUGGUGCAUAAAUAAAUCCCGUUAACGUUUUGGGUGUUUUUAACUGAAAUGUAAGAAGGGACGAUUUUUUUGCCGGCAUUUGGGAAUUGGUUUCAUUUAUGGUUAUGGCUGACAUUGCAAAAGUUGCUGAAGAACUGGCUCGUGCUGUCGAGCUAACGAUGGAUCCAUGUUUACCGCAGCAGCAGAGAAUGGAAGCAUAUACGGCAUGUGAGCGGUUUAAAGAAACAUCUCCGUUAUGUGUACAGUGCGGACUGUAUCUAGCACAACAGAGUAACUUGUCUCAUUUUGUGCGCCAUUUCGGACUGCAGUUGAUGGAGCAUUGUGUUAAGUUUCGAUGGAACCAGAUGUCACAACAAGAGAAGUUGUUUAUUAAGGAAAAUGCAAUGAAACUCCUGGAGAGAGGCAUAGAACCACAGUUGCAAGAACUUGUACAUAUCAAGGAUGCUUUGUCAAGAGUUAUUGUGGAAAUGAUCAAGAGAGAAUGGCCACAGCAGUGGUCAUCAUUAUUAGCUGAGCUUCAGAAUGCGUGCACACACGGUGGGAGUCAGACAGAAUUGGUUCUUUUUGUAUUCCUAAGACUAGCAGAGGAUGUAGCUCUACUACAGACCUUGGAAUCACACCAGCGUCGUCGAGACAUCUACCAAGCACUCACAGCCAACAUGGGAGAAAUAUUUGCUUUCUUUCGCCACCUUAUUCUUGAACAUUUUCAUGCCAUUAAAAGACUGCAUGAAGAGAGUCAGGAAUCAGAGUUGAAAAUGCAUGCACGUGUAGUGCAGGUUGUACUUCUGACACUCACUGGCUUUAUUGAAUGGGUUUCCAUCAAUCACAUCAUGGCCAAUGAUGGACGGCUUGUACAGAUACUCUGCCUUCUUCUGGAAGAUGAGAGGUUUCAAGCUGGAGCUGUGGAGUGUCUGCUUCAGGUAGUCAGUCGGAAGGGUCGAGUAGAAGAGCGCAUGCCACUGUUGGUAUUGUUCAGUGCAGAAGUGAUGAGGUCUAUUUUUAAGGCUGCUGAUGUUGCAUCAAGUAAAUCGCUUGAUGAACGCCACUAUCACUUCUUAAAGAGGCUGACAUUGGUAUUGACAGGACUUGGAACACAACUUUGCAUGCUAUGGGGCAAAGACGAUGGACUGAAUGUUCGUCCACCUCAUUUUUCCACUUACUUAGAUGCUAUUCUGACAUUUAGUCGGCAUCCCAGUCUUACUUUGGUUUAUUAUGCAAAUUCACUGUGGAUGUCAUUCUUCAAACAUGAGCAGAUCUCUAAAGACAAAGUUUUCCGUACAUUUAUUCCAAAAUGGGUGGAAUGCACUGCUCCCAAGAUUACAAGGGUCAGUUAUCCAUCAUCGCGGUGCACUAAUAUCCGUGAAACUGGUGCUUAUGCAUGCCUAGAUUAUGAUAGUGAGGAGGAAUUUGCGCAGUUCUUCCACCAAUGCCGGUCAGAACUGCUUCAGACGUUUAGGCAAACCACAUUAGUAGCACCAUUAGUAACAUUUUCUUAUGUACAACAAUGGUUGGCCACCAGGAUACAAAAAUCCAUGGCAGAACAAGGCACUGAAUGUAACUCCCAGUCACCAACAUAUCUAGAGUGGGAGGCCUUAUCACAGAUACUCGAGAGUGUUCUAAGUCGGAUCCUCGUUCCAUCAGAGCGUCCAAGUGUGACUUCCGGGUUGCGACUUCUAGAAAUCUGCCUCAAUUACGAGCCAUCAGACCCCUUAUUACUAUCCACUCUUUUAUCAUGUGUCUCAGCAUUGUUUGUAUUUCUGAGCAUGACAACAGCUGAGCGUUCAGCCAAUCUUCUUCCACGAGUUUUGGAUAAAAUCUUCGCAGCAUUAGUGUUUACUCAGCCAGGUCAAGGGAAAGAUAGUCGCAGUAGAGUUGUGAAGAAUGUUCGUAUGCAUGCAGCCAGUCUCAUGGUAAAAAUCGCCCAGAAAUAUCCACUGCUCUUGCUUCCUGUAUUUGAUCAAGUGUAUGCAACAAUUCAGGGACUAAGCAAAGAUCCAGAACAGCUUUCAAGAUUGGAGAGAGUGACUUUGCAGGAAGCUUUGCUUCUGCUCAGCAACCAUUUCUGUGACUAUGAACGUCAGACAAGGUUCAUCGGUGAGGUGAUUGGUUCUGGUGCUGAGGAGUGGAUUAUGUUGAGUUCUAAAGCAUUCAAGAGUCCCCGAGACUUCAUGACAUUCGUUGGCCUUGAUCGUCCCCCAGUAGAACCCAGCAGUGAUGAUCUGAAUGGACAGAAUCGGUCUCACAUACUGUUUUAUGUGAACCUGUUCCUGGCGGUUGUGAAACGAUGUUCAUGGCCAGAAGAUCCAGAUCGAGCUGCUCGUGGAGGUUUUGUAAUGGCUCAUACUGAAACAGGCAAUCCAUUAUGUCGUAACCCAGCAGCAUCUCAUGUCAUCCCACUCGUCCCACAUUUCCUGACACUGCUUAAAGUUUUUAAUGGACUAUGGACACCAGAUGCUCUUUCUGCUCUCUCAGAAGGUUAUCGUGGAGCACAUAUGAUGUUGGAAGUGGAGAGAUCGAAUGUUCUUGGAACCCCUUGCAGUGCAUCAUUUGUGGAUCAUAUAGAUGUUUCUCAUCCAAGGGCCCAAACACCACUGGAACGCAUGCAGCAUUUUCUGACAAUGGUCCAUGACACUACAUAUCAUAUACUGGGGAACAUGGGCCCAAGUCUUGGUAGAGACUUCUACCAGAUGGAAGAUCUUGUUCCAAACAUGUUGAUGACAGUGUUUUCGAAUUUAGAUGUCGUGCCAGACUAUCGUCUGCGGCCUCUGGUACGAUCAUUCCUCAGGCCUUUUGUGUGUUCAUGCCCACCAGUAUGUUAUGAAUCUGUGCUUCUUCCAAUACUGGCUCACAUAUGCCCAUACAUGUUCAGUCAUCUUAAUGACAAAUGGCAGUACAUUGCACAGUUGUAUGAGUCUGGUGGAAUGGAUGAAGAAAACACUGAUACCCAGGAAAUGCUGGAAGAUAUGUUGAAUCGCACAGUUACUCGUGAGUACCUGGAUGUCUUGAAAGUGGUUCUUGUAGGAGGAAGUAGUGAAGUGGUAUGUAAUGCCAUGGAACAAGAUGAUGCGGAGUGUACACGCCCAAAUACAGCCAGCCUUCAAGCAGAGGUUGUAAGUGAGCUUGGAACACUUACACUGAGAAAUGAAGCAACUUGUCAAUCAGUCACUUUGUGCGUUCUCAGGGCUCUUUGCUGGAAUGAUUCCACAGCAAGCUUGAAGGCAGCAAACCUGACUGGUCCAAUGGUGCGUCAGCUUUCUAGUGAUGGCAGCUUAACUCCUGAUGUGGCGGCACAUAUCAUGGCCUGUGUUCUGCAAGCACUUCAAUUACAUGGACAGCAUGAAUCUAAUCUAGGUUCACUGCUUGCAUUGGGGGCUCAGCUUUAUGAAAUACUUCGUCCAUCGUUCCCCAAUAUUGUAGAGGUUAUGAAUCAGAUACCCAACUGCAACCCCCAAGAGCUGCAGAAACUCGAUGAGAAGAUACUGUCCACCAACCAGAAGGGCAACAAAGUAGAGAAGACCAAGAAGGAUAUAUUCAAGAGACUGACCAGCCAGUUAAUUGGUCAGAGUGUAAGUCAGCUGUUUCGCAAAGAAGUUUGUAUUGCUGAAUUACCAAGAUUGGAGCCUCCACGGCGAUAUAAAACUCCAAGAGUGGAUGAAACAGAAAGUGAAUUGGGUAUAUGCAAACUUUUCAAAAAUGGUGAAAGUGUAUAAUAUAGCUCAGUUUAUUGAUUUUGUCUCUUUUUCUUUAUGCAAAGUCAUUAAUAAGAUUGAACUUUGUAUUCAUAUUUUAUACUCAUCAACACAUCAAUAAGCAGUCAGAUUAUUAUAAAACCAACACAAUUUAACGAAGGAUUAUGGAUUGGAAGCUUUUGGGAAAGUAGUAGAUAAUCUUUUGACUUCAAAUUUGGAGAGUUUUGUGAACACACUUUUUUGUGAGGGCUUGUGGAUAUUUAAGGAUCACCUUUUGGAGAAUUAGCACACAAUUGAGAGAGAUUCUUUUGAAAAGAGAAUGAUUUAUUUUGAUUACACAACAUUUUAUAUUGUUUUCUGUUUCCUUAUUUUUGAUGAAAUCAGUCUCAAGAUUUUGACGGCUUUACAUUUUCAGCCCCCCUCCCCGGUGAUUAUGAGAGAGUGGUUUUUGGUCUGUGUGGAUGGAUAUGCACCUCUGCUAAUGCCCAAGUGGUUGGGCAGAUUUUGUUCGGUAGUAAAGAGUUUAUCCAUCCUAGAUUGUUGCCUCAUGAAUCUGAAUAUUCACACACCUUCAGAUUGGCAAGAAAACACAAAAUGGCGAUUUUCUGUGAAAUGGCGCUAACUGUUUUGAUUAAAUUUUGAUAAUUUAUGGAGAUUAUAUCCCUAAAUAAAAAUGCAUAGGUAGUAUCUUCAGGAAAGUAAUGAUACUUGUGUUAGGAGCCCAAACACAAAAUGUCAGUUUUCCCAGCAAUGCGUUUACCAGUCAGACAGGUUAAAUUGAUGUUUGGUAUUCAGCAGUUGGUGAUGGCUUACUGUGUAACAAUCAGUUUCAUCUCCAAAGUAAUGUAGUGAAGGUCAAUUACAUAGAGAAAGUAUAUAUCAUCUCUGUGGUAUUUUUUUGUUUUUUGUUUUGCAUAUGCAAAUUCCGUCUGCAAGGCCUGACAUAAUGUGUGAGCAAAUUAAUUUUGAAACCAGAGAAUCAUAAUGUGUGAGCAAAUUAAUUUUGAAACCAGAGAAUCAUUUUGAUUACUCAUGCAUGUGAAUCAGUCUUACAUAUAUAACUCAUCAAGGUGUUUGUGUAUAUGUUGUAAGUUUUGAUGUUGUCUGAUCUUUUACAACUCUUACUUAAGGUAAGUUUUGAAGUUAUUUGUGAUACAUUGUUUGAGGCUAUUUGUUUAGACUUUAUCCAUCAUCUUAGUAUUUAAUAUAAAGUCCACAGUAUUUUAGAAAUGCGUUGUAUUUACAUCUUAUAAUGGGGAGAAUAUGGAUUCCUAAUUUUUUGUGUCACUCUUACAUUCAGGGUACUAGAGCAGCACUACAAAGGGACCCGGUAGGAUAGCAGUAUCUUCAUGUCUUCUCCAUCUGAAGACGGAAAUAAAGCCAAUAUCUGAAAUACUAAAGUUUUUUUAUUACAAACUAAGGUAGUGGAAGCCCAAAUAAAUCGUCUUAAAUGUUAUCUUACUUAGAACACUAACUUAUGUACUGAAAUAGGUAGGUGGGUAGUAGUCUUCAAUUUUCAAGAUCAAAUUGACAAAGGAAAGCCCUGAACUCAUUUUGAAUAUUAAUUUUUCAGCUUAAGAGUUUGAGAAUUUUUGGGUUGGUGCUUGUACUCUGGGCAGUAGCACACAAACCAUCCAGUGAGAAUUUUCAUGGUUGGCAGUGCUAGCAUGAAUGUGUUCCCUCUUUCCACCCACAUUGCAUAUUCCCGUUUCUGUGCAUGGCACUGAUGUCUGAUAUCACAAAAAUCAAGUAAUACACUUUAGUAUAUUGUGAGAGAGUGGUCAGUCUUAUAAAUUGUGAUUGGAGUGAUAAAUGUGGUUUAGUAGCGAAAAUUGUCAUGCUUGUCUUGAAUAUCAAAAAUUUUCCAUAUUCAUGUCUUCAGUUGAAAAAUAUCAUUCCUGUACAUGCCUAGAAAUAGGAUGUGACAUUGCCAUGUUCUGAUUUACAGCAAAGUUUAUGUUCAUGUGUUCUCAAGUUUCUUUUUUUAAUUGAAGAUGUGGCGUAGUUCUUCUUAUCAUCAUGACUGAGAGAUAAAUGUAAGUUAUAUAUAUGUAUCUACAUUUGGCAGAAAUAUAGUUGCACUGCUGAUUGAGGGAGCUUCA